AUGUCAAGUCUCAAAGAGAGAAAGGAAGCCUUUGUAUCUGGCUUAGAAGGUGGCUCUAUAUUGGAGAUUAAUGUCGUAACAUCAAUUGCGUUGACAAGUUAUCUAUGCGCCAAUUUGAUCAGUUACAAUGAUACACAAAACAUUCCAUUGGGGAUCGAUUUCGUCCUUAACUGGGUUGCUAUGCUUCUAUCAUUUACAUUAUAUUCACAAGAUAUCUAUUUAUUGACCACAUUAUGCUUAAUCCCAUCGAUUGGGUGGUUUCUUCUCAACUAUAAGAGGAAUUUAAAACAAAGUAAAAACACAGUGAAACAUACCACUAAAGAGGCAGUUCAAAAAUUCGAGCUUACCAAAAAACCAUUCCUCACAGCUUAUAGAAGUGGUAUGCUGAUUUUAACAUGCUUAGCCAUCUUAGCUGUUGAUUUUCAAAUAUUCCCCAGAAGAUUUGCAAAGGUUGAAACUUGGGGAACAUCUUUAAUGGAUCUGGGUGUUGGAUCAUUUGUGUUCAGUAAUGGUAUUGUUUCAUCGAGAGGUUUAUUCAGAGAGAAAAUGAAAGACAAAAAAGAUAAGGCCUCAUCUAUCAAAAAGAUCUUUGCUGCCACCAGAUCAGGUACUACACUUCUCAUUUUAGGGUUGUCUAGGCUAUUUUUUGUUAAGAAUCUAGAAUACCAAGAGCAUGUUACUGAGUAUGGUGUUCAUUGGAAUUUUUUCAUUACAUUGUCUCUACUUCCACCUGUUCUAGUGCUUAUCGACCCAAUUACUUCUUAUAUACCCCAGUGCAUACUUGCUAUGCUUUUUUCAACAGUCUAUCAAUUAUUUUUGAUUAAGGAUGAUAGUCUAUUAACCUACUUGGUCUUAUCAGAUAGGAACACCUUUAUCAAUGCUAAUAGAGAAGGUCUGAUAUCUUUUGUUGGAUAUUGCUCAAUAUUUUUAUGGGGACAAACCAUUGGAUUUUUUAUCUUGGGUAAUAAAAAGACUACUAACAACCUUUAUAAGUGUUCAGUCACUGUAUCAAGAGAUAAGAAAAACAGAACUCUUUGGGAUAGGCUAACAACUGUAGGCCCAUCUUUGGGAUUACUUAUUUGGUUCAUAAUCACUUAUGCCCUCUCAGAAGGGUUGUAUUUGAUACACCCACAAACCGUGUCAAGAAGAUUUGCAAAUAUGCCUUAUGUGUUGUGGGUUGUGUGCUACAAUACAGCCUUUUUGCUGUGCUAUUCUUUAGUGGACAAACUAUUUGGAAAUAGCUCCAACUUUUACCGGAUAUCUACCCUUUUAGAAGCAAUGAAUUGCAAUGGUUUAGCCAUGUUUUUAAUAUCCAACGUAUCAACAGGACUAGUAAAUAUGUGCAUUCCAACCAUAGACCAAAAUGAUAAAGUGUCAAUAGUAAUACUACUGAUUUACGCAGCCUUCUUGGCAAUGGUUUCAUUUAGUCUCUACAAACACAAAAUAUUUAUUAAAUUAUGA